AUGGUCUUCUCAAAGUUCAUAGCUUUCCUUGAAAAACUCACGAAGACCAUAUGCAAGGGCGUUUACUACUGUCUUUUAAAUGAAAGGUUGAGUGAAGGGUUAGGGGUAAUUCAGAAUGAAGAAGAUUAUAGAGAGUUUAUUGAGGUAGGUAAUGGAAUCCAUGCAAAAAGAAUCAAUGUGUAUAAUGAUCAAUAUAAUGAACCUGUAUUUGACUGGAUUGAGGAUGAGAACCUUGAUAAAGAUGAUGUGACUAUAGAGUAUGAGAACCUUGAAGAGGAGGUUGAUGAUUCUAUAUUUUCAGGUUUAAUUUCAUAUGAACAUAAAGAGGAUGAGGUGGUGUCAAUCCCGAAACCACUUGAUGAUCCAUUUUUGAAUGCUCUUUGUCAUAUCAAGAAAGAAGAAGAUGGUUCCGACAUAGAUGAAUUAGAGGAAGAAGUUGACGUGAAACCAAUGUAUUAUAUCCAUGAUCCAAUCUAA